UAAUAUAAUCGUUUUGUAGUUUUCAUAGUUUUAAAUUUAUUUAAAUUUUUUGGCUUUAAGUACAUAACUGCAACAAAGAAAAGACAAUUUUAUUUGACUUAGAAAACAAAAUUUCAGAUGAUCAAACUGCACAAAAUAGGAAGAAACUGCCUUUAACCAUAAGAUAACGAUGGUUGAGCUAACUAACAAAUAAAACAAGACGUAGAUUUUGCUUUAAGUUAAUUAUUAACAAACGUUAACACAUCUUGUACUUUUUAAGAUCAAAUCUUGAUGCUAUGGUUUAUCUAAAGAACACUUGAUCCGGUGGGUUUGGUAAGACAUUUGGUUUAUCUACCAAAAAUUGUUAGAAAAUCCAUAAUAAAAGAGUUGUUGAAGCAUUUAGUAAGUAACAGACAAUGGCUGAAACAAAGAGCCUUGAGAGACUUAAAGCAAUGAGAAGUUUAUUAAAGAGUGAGAUGGAAAAAACAAAAACAUCUUCAUUGGUUCUUGAAAAGACAGGAUCUAAGCUUGAAGAGAUCAACACCAAGUUGCUGUCUUUAGAAGCUGAUGUUAAGGUAGAUAGAUGGAGAUCUUCUCCUUUCUUUGAUCAUAUCCGUUACACCAUUGCUCCAGUAUCAGCUGCUCUGAGAGUCUUUGCUACGGUUCAAGAACUCGAGAGAGAUCUCAUGUCAUGUAAUGAAGUUCUUGGUUAUGUUUCUGAUGUUAAAUGUCUUGGAGAAGCAUUGAAGCUUCUGAAAAGCAGCUGUGUUCUUGCUCUUAACUGGCUUGAAGAGACAACCAAGUUCCUGUCUGAAAAUGGAAUGCCUGAAGAUCAUCCUUGCGGAUUACGGUUCAGAAUUUCGAUAAAGCUUCUGAAGGAACUUCAAAUGACCGAGGCUCGUGCUUAUCGAAGAGGAGGGAGUCUCCACACAGCGUUGGAGAAUCUCGAAACAGAACUUGAGAUGAUUCUUGAAGAGGAGGAGGUUUUGUCUGAAUAUAACUUGAGAGACAUGAAGGCAAUCAUCAAGAGAUUAGAUGCUCACACAAUGUUAACAAACUGUGUGCAUGUUUACAUCAAGAACCGCACAAGAGUCAUUCAGAAACGGUUUGAGAUUGAUUAUCUCAAGAAAACAAUCACAGAAGCUGACAUUGAAGGCUAUAUAGGUCAAUGGAGAUUGGAUAUGGAGAUAGCUGUGAAAGAGAUCUAUGAGUUUGAGAGUAACCUCUGCUAUGAAGUGUACAAAGAUUUUGGAGAAGAAGAACAUGUUCCACUGCAUUGCUUUGGAGCAAUAGCUUCAAACACAGGGAUGCUUCAGCUUCUCAGGUUUGGAUCAAGAAUCAGCAAAUGCAGGAAAAGUCCACCAAAGCUGCUGAAACUCUUGGAAUGUUUCUCGACAAUGGACAACGUUAGAACCGAGUUUAACCGGUUGUUUAGAGGGGAGCAGUGUUCAGAGAUACGUAGAGAAACAAGGGAGUUAGUUAGUAAUCUAGUUAAAGGUGUCUGCGAGAUCUUUUGGGAGUUACCUUGUCAGGUGGAGCUUCAAAGACCAAACUGUCCUCCUCUUGAUGGUGGUGUCCCCAAGCUUGUAAGUGUUGUGACUGAGUACUGCGACAAGCUGCUUGGAGACAAGAACAAGCCUGUCUUGUCAAAGAUCCUUGAGAUUGAUUUGGGUUGGAAGAAUGAAAAGUAUCAAGAAGAGGUACUCAUAGGUCACAUGUACAACAUACUGAGAGAGAUUGCUUUGAACUUGGAUGCAUGGUCUAGUUCCAACAAAGAGACAGCUCUUUCUUACAUAUUUAUGAUGAACAACCACUCUCACUUCUGCGGUCUGAGAGAGACUCCUCUCGGGUUAAUGAUGGGAGAGUCUUGGCUAAACGCGCAUGAGAAGUAUAGAGACUACUAUGCAGCAUUGUAUGUUAAAGAAAGCUGGGGAAAGCUCUUGUCUCUACUCAACAACAAAGCUCAAACCAUGAAGAGAGCAUUACAAGCCUUUGCUAAAGGGUUUGAUGAGAUUUACAGAAAGCAAUCACAUUGGAUUGUUGAGGAUGAGAAGGUGAGAUGGAGGAUAUGUGAAGCUAUGGUAAGAAUGGUUGUGCCUAGAUACAAGAGUUAUUUACAAAGUUAUAUAAUGUUUCUUGUGGAAGAAGGUGAUCAUAAGAGUCAUGGUAAGGACUUGAAGUAUACUCCAAAGGGUUUAGAGAUGAAGCUGAAGGCAAUGUUUAAGAGCAAAGAGGGAGCAGAGUAUUCUCACUUUGAUGGAAAUAUGGAUUAGUCAGAAUCAUCACUUGAGAUUAGAAAAAGCUGUAUGAUACUUAGACACAGAAACUAUACUUGUUCUAGGUGAAAACAGAUUAGCCUUAGCCUUACUUGAAGAAGUGUGUAGUGUAUUUGUAUAUGUGACAUAGAGAAGUGUACACUUAGCUGUUUGUA